AUGCCGCCCCUGAGCUCGACGUCGACGCCACCGGAUCCAGUGAUCGUGUUUCUGGACGUCGCAAUCGGUAUGAAUCCCAUCGGAAGAAUCGAGAUCUCCCUGGACGUAACGGCGUGUCCCAAGACGUGUGAAAACUUCAGAGCGCUGUGCACGGGCGAACGCUUCUCGUCCAAGACCAAGCGUGCGCUGCACUACGCGCAGUCAACAUUUCACCGUGUCAUUCCUGGGUUCAUGAUUCAGGGCGGUGACUUCACCAGGCACAACGGCACGGGCGGCGAGUCCAUCUACGGAGACAAGUUCCCUGACGAGUCCUUCGCGCUCUCACACGACGGCCCUGGGGUGGUAUCGAUGGCAAAUAGCGGGGCGAACACCAAUAACAGUCAAUUUUUUAUCACCCUCGACGCGACACCGCACCUGGAUGGGAAGCACGUGGUGUUCGGGAAGGUUUUGAGCGGCUUGGACGUCGCGCGCAAAAUCGAAGCCGUCGGGAGCGCGAGCGGGACCACGCGCGAGGCCGUCGUCAUCACCGCCUCGGGUCAGUUAACGUAG